AUGCAGAGGAGGCCUUGGUUAAGCCAUACGGUUAUAAUCAUUGUGAUCCUGGCAAGUAUAGCCGUCGAAAUGUGCUUUUAUAAAAAAAUAUUCCAUAGGUCAGCUCAACGUAAAGUGGUAGAUUAUGUCCAGUCCCAGCCACAGCAAGCUCAGUUAGUGACGAAUCCUGGGACAGUCGAACCGGGUCAGUAUCUCUCUGGUCUUUACUACUCGAAUUGGUCCCCAUAUUCUCCUAGGAUGCACUUCCCACAUGACAUCGAUCUUUCUAGGGUUUCCCACAUUUACUACGCAUUUUUUUUGGUUGAUGGUGCUACUGGGGCUUUAAAACUUGGUGACGAAUGGUCUGACGUGGGUAUGGAUCUGUAUAAGCCCAUGGCUAUCAAGUUAAACAAAUUGAAUCCAGAGGUCAAAAACGAUCUUGAACGUCAAAGAAGGAUCUUGCCAAAUGGAUGCUUGGGUGAAUUAUUUUACAUGCGAAAUGCUAAUCUAUUCCCCAACCGGAACAUUAGAGACUUUAAAGUGAUUAUGUGUGUGGGAGGUUGGUCAAAUAGAGAGGAGUUCCCAAAAAUGGUCAGAAACCCCAAAAGAGUUGAUAAAUUUAUUGACUCAUGUAUCGAAACCAUGUUCAAAUAUGGUUUUGAUGGUAUAGAUCUGGAUUGGGAGUUUCCAGAAGAUGAUGGGUUUGAACCGCAGAUGUAUCUACAAUUGGCCAAACGAUUGAAAGAGAGGAUGAAUGAGUUAGAAGAUGCGAUCUUUGGUCCAAACAUGAACCACCCAAAGUUCCAAUUAUCCAUGGCCACUCCUGCAUUUUCUGAGAAGUUGGAUAUUUUGCCGAUCACAGAGAUGGAUAAAUAUAUCGAUAUUUGGAAUAUGAUGACCUACGAUUAUCAUGGAGAAUGGUCAGAGAAGACAGGCUAUCAUUGCAAUCUGUACAAUGGAUCAACCAAAUCAUUUGACGAAACUCAUCAGAAGCAUAUUUAUUCUACGGAGAGUGUCGAGGGAUUAGAUGCACAUUCGGCUAUCGAACACAUGCUGAAUGUAGCUGGUGUAAACUCUCACAAGAUCUGUCUUGGUAUGGCGGCUUAUGGCAGGGGCUUCACAAAUGUUGUAGCUCAAAGCACCGACAAAAGAUUUAUUGAUAAGCCAUUUCAUGGUGUCGGUGGAGCUUCCGACGGCGAGCCUGGUAUGUGGCUAUAUAAUCAGUUACCCAUCCAAGGGACACAUGAACUCUUUGAUCCCGACUACGUCUCUGGGUUUUGCUAUAGUUCAACUUCCAAGACGUUUGUUGGUUAUGAUAGCGUGGAAUCUGUUCGUUUCAAAGCCCAGUAUGUUCGCGAAAAGAAUCUAGCUGGCGGGUUCUGGUGGGAAUCCUGCGGUGAUGACCAUGCCAAUCAAUCUAGAUCCUUGUUAAACGCUUUCACUAAUGAGAUAAAAUUUGUCUCCAAAUUUGACGAUUUAAUGUACCGUCAAACACCAGUACUAAGAUACUACGUUAAUAAAUUUGGCAAUGACGCAUUCCUAUCGCCAUUUAUUCUCAACCUUCUUGCUGGUCAAGGUGAAGCACCUCAUUGA